UCCUUUGAAUCUUGCAUGACUCAGCUUUUUACUGAGCACUUUUUUGGUGGGUCAGAGAUUGUUCUUCUGUUGGUGAUGGCUUAUGACCGCUGCGUGGCCAUCUGUAAGCCUUUGCAUUAUUUGGUUAUCAUGAGGCAAAGGGUAUGUGUUGUGCUGCUGGUGGUGUCCUGGGUUGGAGGAUUUCUGCACUCAGUUAUACAAGUUAGCACUACAUAUGUGCUCCCAUUCUGUGGCCCCAAUGUCAUUGAUCACUUUAUGUGUGACAUGUUCCCCUUGUUGAAACUCGUCUGUACUGACACCUAUGUCACUGGCAUCUUAGUGGUGGUCAAUGGAGGACUGAUGUGCAGUAUUUUUUUCCUGCUCUUACUCAUCUCUUACGCAGUCAUCUUGCACUCUCUAAAGAAUCUGAGUCAAGAAGGGAGGCGGAAAGCCCUCCAGACCUGUGGUUCCCACAUCACUGUGGUGGUCUGCUUCUUUGUUCCCUGUAUCUUCAUGUAUGCAAGACCUGCUAAGACUUUUUCUAUUGACAAAUCAUUGAGUGUGUUUUAUACAGUCAUAAGCCCCAUGCUGAACCCACUAAUCUACAGUCUAAGAAAUUCCGAGAUGACUAAUGCUAUGAAGCAGCUCUGGAGAAAAACAUGUCAUAUGAACUAA